GCCUUGGCUGCCUUCGUGGACGCCGGGGGCCCCCAAGCCAUCGCCGCACUCAUCGCGAAGGUGCUUCCAGGUCUCCGGAAGCAACAGGGAAGCUACAGCCCGAAGCUGCUGCAGCUCUUCCUCAAAGAGCCGAUGCUCCGAUCGGAGCCAAGCUUCCUGCGGGAAGCCUUUCAGCUGGCCUUUGAGCUGAAGGAUUCGCACACUGCGCGGGAAGUGGAGGAGGUUAUGCUGCGCAACGUGCAUUACCAGCUCAUGGCGAAGCCCCCAGAGGAGGUGUUGCCGUUGCUCCGAGCGCUUUCUCCGAUGCAGCUCCUGGGGCCCCGGUGGCAAGCUUCGGUGGAGCUGCUCUUAGCAAGCUCCCGGCUGAAGCAGCAAAUUGCCGCCCUCAGGGGGUCUGAAUCCGAGAGUGAGCUGACAAAGCUGAUGCAGCCUUUGCGUGAAGCAGAAGCCCGGCGGAACCAGUCGCAGCAAGAGAUCCUGAACCGCAGCGCACGUUCUGUGCCAAAGGAGUUAUGGGAGCAGUUCGCUUUGGAUGAGGAUUCGCUGACGAAGGAGGUCGGCGCGAACAUCCUGAGUCGCCGUGACGAGGCCAGGAGGCAAGUGCAGGAGCAAGUGCAGGCCGCGCAGCGGGAGCAGCGAGACCAGAGGAAGGUGCAGUGGCGGCAGCAGGCCGAGACGUGCCUGUCAGAGCUCGAGAAGUAUUUGAGACAAGAGACCCGCGCAGGCGUUGAGGUCACGCGAUUGGAUGACGGCCGCAACUUCGAGGCGAUGAAGAUGGCCAUGCAGGAGUUCCUGAAGACGAGAGAGCAGUGCCUGCAGCUGGGGCUGGAGAUCGGGGCAGAGAGGACCAUGGAGGGCGCCAGACAGGCCGCGAGGCAGUUCUGCGAGCACGAGGCGCGGCAGGCCCGCGCCAAGGAGCGACUGCUGGAGCUGGGUAUGACGCACAGCGUCGUGAACAUUCUGCAGCAGAGCGGCUUGUUCCAGCGCCUUCCGGAGCUCAGCGCUGAGUUGCUCCAAGGCGUGGGCUUGCCGCCAGGAGUCACUGAGACCCUGCUCAACGCAGCGCAGGAGGGCGAGCUGAGCGAUGAGGCUUGCGCGCCUGUGGUGCCACGGGGCUUUACCUUGCAGCAGUCCAAGUCCUCUUCGUUUUACUACCUCGUGGACGACUCCAACCCCGCGAACACAAAGUGGGAAUGGCCCGCCCAGGAUGUGCCAGAGCAGGUUCAGUUCCCAGCACAGCCGCGGCUGGAAAAGCACGAUGACCCGCAUGCCAAGUACAUUUCUCCAGCCAGGUCUGAAGAUGGUCGGUGGUGCUACCUGUGCUCCUGCCACGCGAAUUUCGAGCAUCUGGAGUCCGGGCCGCACGAUCGCGCGCGCAGGAGCUGGAACCAAGCAGCCAACCUGAUGCGGCGGCUGAGCGAUGAGAUGUCUGAGAUGGGUACGACUGAUCCACGAAUCGACAAGGAGGAUAUUGCCCGAGUCUGGCAGCUGGAAGCCUUCCAAGUGCUGCAGCCAAUAGAUGAUUGGGUCCUGCCCUACUUCUGGCAUUUGAUCCUCGAGCCGUGGCCCACGAGCGCGGAGCUGCGGUCGCGCCUGGCGGCCGCGGAGCUCGGGGAGCCGGAUCUGCUGCGCUACCCGGAGGUGCCCAGGCCCGGUCAAGACUUCCCGUGCUUUCCGCGGCCCUGUGUGGACGCAGAGAGCGUGUCGGAGGAUGUGAAUGCUCUGAAGCCAAUGGAGCUUUUGAGUCAAGGCUUGCUGCUGCAGCAAAACGGGAGCUACAGAUGCUGGUAUUGUGACGAUACAACGGACAUCCUUGCCAACGAGGUGAGAUACCACCUCACCCACGGCAAGGUGGCUCGUUCGCACCACAAGCAUCGUGUGGCCUGGGACAGCUACGUGGAGUUUUUGGAGGAAGGCUGGAAAGCUGAGGUGCAGGGCUGCCACCUGCAAGGCAAGACCUACACCUGCGAGUGCGGCAAGACCGGGGACGCAUGGGAGUGCGAAGGACAUUUCCAGGAGAAGAAGCACGUGGCCUUCCUGAAGAAUCGGGAGGUGCCACAGGCGGUGCAGGCCAGAUGGAAGCAGCGCUGGGAAGAAGAGUUCCAGGCGAAGUGCGCGGAAAGUUUGGCCAGGACCUGCGAGCGGCAGCGGCUCGCGGACGCCACGCGCGCGCUCUUCGCCACGCCGGCGGGGCCGGCGGAGGCGUCAGCGCCGGCGUCGGCGGUGCAAAGAGAGGAGCCGCCGGAAGAUGCAGAGCCGCCUCUUCCGGUGCCGGGGAAGGAUUUUGAGGAUGUGUCGGAUGGAAACAUGCUCCAAGGCAACCGCUGUCUCUGCUGCUACAAAGAUGUGCCGGCCAGCGAACUGCGGAGCCACAAGGAGACGCCGUCUCACGGCAAGCAGUUGAAGUACGUCAUGCACGCCAUUGGUCUCCUGCAAGAGCACGGUGACAAGCUCUGGCGGGAGGGCAUGACACUGAAGGAUGGAGUGAUCAAGUGCAGUUGCGGCAAGGAGUGCGCCUGGUGGGAGAUAAGCCGCUGGUUCAGUGAGGGCAGCCUCCAUGCCGAGACGAAACAACAUCAGAAGUGGCGCCGCAACGAGGGGUGGCCGCCCCCGCCGGAGAUGCCCUGGGACGCCGCGCGGCGCGCGCGCUGGCUGGCCUGUCUCAAGGCUACCAGCCCGCCGGCUAGCCGCGAGCGUGAGGAGAUUCCUGAGCCGGCGGUGAAGCGCCAGCGUACCGAAGCGCCAACCAGUGCUGCCAGCACCGAGACAGGCGCGAGCAGCUCUGGGAGCCGCCCGAGCGUGGCGCGGAGCAUGCAACGAGCUGUGACGGAGGGGGUGGGCCCUCCGACUGCUGAUGAGAUCAAGGAUGCGAAGGAGAACUGUGAACACCGCCGCAACUACCCGCCGCUGCCUGGAGAUCUGCAGUGGGGCUGGUCAUGCUUCAAGAAAAAAACCAAGGAGGGCUGGAUUUGGUGCUCGCGGUGUCAUGUCUGGGUGGGUGUGGUGAGUUGGGAUGGCAGCGCAAAGUACACCUUGAGUGACGCUGCCGGCGAGCGCGGGAGCUGCCCGCAUUUUUCCCCUGAGCAGCUUAAGCGACGGUACACAGGCAAGUGAUCGGCGAGAUGCGAUGUACAAAGAUACGACGAUGUGUAGGAAGCACCCCCCUCAGACUAGCAUGGAUCCC